AUGUAUCCCAUUUUAUUUCCACGUGGUGAGCCGGGUUGGGACCCAAAUAUGGCCCAUGUCAGGGAGCAUGCAACUGGAGUUAGAAAUAGGCUAACCCAGUUGGAAUAUUAUAUUUACCGCAUUGCUAUUAGGCGAGAAUUUUCUGCCCUUCAUCUAGCAGGCAAAUUGUUUCAGCAAUUUUUAGUAGAUGCAUAUGUUAAAGUUGAAGGCCAACGGCUUGCAUUUAUUCGCCGAAAUCAAAACCAGCUUCGAGCAGAGUCCUACCAAGGACUUCUGGAUUACCUCCAAAAUGCUGCAGAUCAACGUAACUCACAAGCAGGUAAUGUUGUUGUCUUGCCUUCCACCUUUUCUGGCUCACCCCGUAACAUGCAUCAGUUGUACCUUGAUGCAAUGGCAUUGGUUUCAAAGAAGGGUAAGCCAGAUUUGUUCUUGACUUUUACUUGCAAUCCAAAAUGGCCAGAAAUUGUUACUAAUUUGUUACCUGGUCAAUCUGCUUCUGAUAGACCGGAUUUGGUUGCAAGGGUUUUUAAAUUAAAAUUACUAGCUUUGAAAAAAGAUUUAAAAGACGGUGUAUUGGGUGUUCUGUGUGCACAUGUAGAUGUUAUUGAAUUUCAGAAAAGAGGUUUACCGCAUGUUCAUAUGCUUUUACAUCUACACAAUGAGUUUAAAUUACGAAAUGCUGAUGAUAUUGACUCAUUAAUUUGUGCACAGAUUCCGGAUCAAAACCAAGAUGCUGAAUUGCAUGAUAUAAUAAAGUCAUGUAUGAUCCAUGGGCCAUGUGGCCACCUUAAUAAUACAUCUCCGUGCAUGAAAGAGGGUGAGUGUACUAAGCAUUUUCCUAAGCAGUUUAAUGACGGAACUGUUAUAAAUGUUGAUGGUUAUCCCAUGUACCAUCGCCCUGAUAAUGGAAGAACGGUAAGAAUUCGAAACUUAGAUGUUGAUAAUAGGUGGGUUGUGCCUUAUAACCCUUUCCUAUGUAAAAAAUAUAUGGCACAUAUAAACUUGGAAGCGUGUGUGUCAAUUAAAAGUGUUAAGUAUUUGUAUAAAUAUAUUUACAAAGGUUAUGAUACUGCACACAUAGAAAUCAAUGAGCGGAUCGAUCAUGAUGAAGUAACAACAUUCUUAGAUGCCAGAUAUGUGUCUGCACCUGAAGCAACUUGGUGUCUCUGUGAAUUUCCUAUGCAUACUCAGAGUCAUUCCAUCAUAAGACUUCCUGUUCACCUUCCAAAUCACCAACAAGUGUUUUUUAGGGAAGGCAACGAGGCUGUUGCUGCUGACAGGGCUGAAAAUUCUAAGACGAUGUUAACAGCCUGGUUUCAAUUAAAUCAGCAGGACCAGCAUGCGCAACGACUUUUUUACACUGAAAUACCUUACCACUUUGUUUUUCGGAAUACACAACAACAAAAACGGUGGGUAGUUAGGCAACGCGGUGCUGAAAAGAUAGUAAGUAGAAUGUAUAAUGCCAGUAUCCGCGAAGGUGAAAGGUAUUUUUUGCGCGUCCUUCUAUUGCAUGUCCCUGGUGCUACGUCUUUUGACGACUUAAGACAUUUCGAAGAAAAUAUUUAUGCUUCUUUUAGGGAUGCAUGCUUAGCACGAGGAUUGUUAGCUGAUGAUAAUCUUUGGAUUCGCACCAUGAACGAGUUAGUGGAAUAUGCUUCUCCAUCUGAAAUGAGAAAAGCGUUUUCUUUUAUAUUGAUUCACGGUGAACCGAAUAACCCACAUGAAUUGUGGGAAACCUUUCGUGCUGCUAUGAUGGAGGAUUACUUACGUCACCACCCUGAAGUACAGGCAGAACAAAUGGUGCUAGGUAAAAUUAAAGGGGUUAUUCAGCAAUUUGGUAAGCGUCUUACUGAUUUUGGUCUUCCUGCUUUACAGGAAGCUUUGCUUGAUGAUUUGCCAAAUGCUGAAGAAAUGAGGCAGGAGGCUGUAAAUAUCAGGCCUUUGUUAAAUGCUGAGCAGGUUCAUGUAGCUGAUUCUAUUAUAAAUGCCGUCACCAAUAGUAACAUUAAUGUUGCCAAUAUUUUCUUCCUAGAUGGGCCAGGUGGCACAGGUAAAACUUUUACAUAUAAUUAUAUUAUUAAGGAAGUUAUUGCGAGAAAUCUGUGUGUUGCUACUUGUGCCAGGACAGGUAUUGCUGCCACAUUAUUGCAGAAUGGUAAGACUGUCCACUCUCUUUUCAAGUUACCAGUCGCUGUUUUAGACGGCUGUACAUGUAAUAUCAAACCCAAUAGUGAUCAUGCAGCAUUUUUAAGAAGACAGGUCAUCAUUAUAUUUGAUGAAGCCAGCAUGAUACCUAAAUAUGCUUUGGAAGCUAUUGACAGAAUGUUUAGGGAUAUAUGUAAUAGUGAAAUUCCCUUUGCAGGUAAAGUUAUUCUUCUGGGAGGAGAUUUCCGUCAAGUACUCCCUGUUGUCAGAAGAGCCGGACCUGCACAAAUUGUAGAAGUUUGUUUGAAAAGCUCAGAACUCUGGCACUUGACUCGAAUUUUCCACCUCCACACGAACAGGAGAGCUGGAGAAGGAGAGCAAGUCUUUGCUGAAUUUCUUUUAAACCUUGGUAGUGGUCGGGUGCCACAAAAACCAGAUGAUCCAAAUCAAGGUUGUAUUGAAAUUCCCCAUGAAUGUGUUCUGCAACCUAAUGAAAAUAUCGUUACUUCUAUCUUUAGUGAAUUAGAUGAUGUGGAAUUUUCACGUUGUGUCAUCUUAACCCCAACAAACGAAGAAGCGUUGGAAAUAAAUGAACAAAUUUUGAAUCAAAUUCCUGGUGAUACCCGUACAUAUUACAGUAUCGACUCUGUUGUUUCGGAUGAUCAAGAAGAAAUUGAUUUAUAUCCCAUGGAGUUUAUUAAUUCCUUAACUCCAAGUGGUAUGCCACCACACCAAUUAAAUGUCAAAGUUGGAUCUGUUGUAAUGUUGUUGAGAAAUAUGUCCCUUAAAGACGGUCUUUGUAAUGGUACAAGGUUAAUGGUUCGUAAUCUGCGUGCAAAUGUUAUCGAUUGUGAAAUUCUUACCGGUAUUCGUAGAGGUGAUCGUGUGUUAAUUCCGAGAGUGUCCCUCUGUCCAAAUGAUACAAAUCUACCCUUUCAAAUUAAACGCACCCAGUUUCCUUUAAGAUUGUCUUACGCAUUGACUAUAAAUAAAAGUCAAGGCCAAACUUUUGAGAAAGUUGGUAUAUUUUUACGUAGACCUUGCUUUAGUCAUGGCCAACUUUAUGUUGCAUUUUCACGUGCUCGGUCAUUUCAAGCAGUUAAAGUACAGGUUGUUAAUACUUUUAAGCAAGGUUAUGUAGGAGAUAGGUGUUUUACAAAAAAUAUUGUUUUUCCACAAGUGUUCUCAUGCCUUAAUAGGUGGGGUGCGAAAUCCAAUGGCUUACCUUCUCGAGGCAAACUAAAAAUGUCACGAUUUGAAAAGUUUUUAAGUGAAAACACUGCUGCUUCAGCAGGAGUAUCGUCUGCAGGCGAAUCAACAACAACAACAACAGCAAGUACAACAUCAGUAACAGAAUCACUAGCAACAGCAGUUACAACAGCAACAUUUGCAACAACAACAACAACAGCAACAACGACAACAACAGCUGCAUCAAGUCAAGAAAACCUUAGUAAUGUAAGGUCCACUUUUAUUACCAUCGUCUAUAAGUUCUAA